AUGGAAAUAAUGGCUGAUUGUUCUCCGCCGGUAGAACCAAUGAAAUCAAAGACGCGCCUCGACCGGCAGACUCAUAGGCGUCGGCAACGCAUUGGAACGUGUUUCGUUGAGCGAUCGCAUAUUGUGUGUUUUUAUAAGAAUUGUUGUGUGAUUGUUAUUGUUGUGGUUUCUGUGGUUACUGUUUGGUUAUACUUAACCAUGAAGAGUACAAAUGGCACGAGUGGAAGUACUGAAAGCCAGGGAACAAGUAGACGGUUUGGUAAAGCACUGAAGAGGGACGCGAAAGAAAUUGUGCCGAACGUGUUCAAUUAUCUGAACAGAACUAUGUGUAUGUGUAUUCGCAGGGUGGUGCAUGAAAAGAAGAAAACUGGAGCUACUACUGAUCCAAAGUUUAAUUUGAAGGGACGAAAGGCCAUUAAAUUGGAUGACGAUAGCAAAAUGGCGUUAAGGCGAACCGAACAUUCAUUCUUCUUUAGGAAUGAGAUACCAACCCUCAAGGCUGUACAUGCAGCGAUCAAGGAAAAUGAAAUUAUACCCCAAAUGAGCGUCGAGGUAAUGAGGAAAUCCCUGCACGAAAUUAAUUUUCGUUACGAAACGCGUAAUCGGAAGUCAGUAUUGAUAGAGAGACCUGAAAUAGUCGCCUGGCGUCGAAAAUACCUACGCGAAAUGAUUGAAUAUAGGCGACAAAGCAGAAAAAUCUAUUAUUUGGACGAGACAUGGGUAAAUGCAGGUCACACAGUUAAAAAAACCUGGAUAGACAAAAACGUAGUGAGUAACCGACAAGCAAGCAUUGAAGGUUUGUCAACAGGUCUUCGUGGACCGUUUCGUUACCGCUCUCCAGUCCACGCUUACAACGUUAUCAAAUGUGAUGUGAAAAAUUUAACAAAAGAUGCCGAACGAAUACAAGCGAAAGACGAAUCGGGGUAUGGCAAGCAAAGAAAUUUACGAACAGGCUUCCGAAGAAGUGAUGCUACGUAAUAAAUCUCUUCGUGAUGCUGCCACAAGUUAUGAUAUAAACCAUACGUCGCUUUAAAGAUACAUUAAGAAAAAACAAGCUUAUGAGAGCAAUAAGACCAUCCAACCACCCUCAAUUGGAUAUCAUCGCCCCACCGUGUUUACCAAAGAGGAAGAAAAAUCAUUGUGUGAAUACGUUUUGACCUGCUCUGAUGCCAAUUUUGGGAUGAGUACAAAAGAAGCUAGAAAAUUUGCGUAUAAGCUUGCUGUGGCAUAUGACAAAAAGUGCCCUUCUUCUUGGAUGCAAACCAAAAUGGCUGGUGAAGUUUGGCUCAGAUUGUUCAUGAAACGCCACGAAGUUUUGUCUUUGAGACUUCCACAAGCGAGUAUUGCUCGAGCGACCAGUUUCAAUAGAACCAACGUGGA